AUGCACUUUGAAAGUGAUUUAAAGCCAAAAAAAUAUUUUGGUCUCAUUCUGUUCAUAACGAUCUAUCUAUCUAUCUAUCUACUUCAGUCUGUUCAUUAUCCAUAUAUCUAUCUACCUACUUCAGUCUAUCUAUCUAUCUAUCUAUCUAUCUAUCUAUCUCAUUCUGUUCAUAUAUAUCUAUCCAUCUAUCUGCCUAUCUCAUUGUGUUCAUAUCUAUCUUAUUCUAUUCAUAUCUAUUUAUCUAUCUCAUUCUGUUCAUAUCUAUUUAUCUCUCAUUCUAUUCAUAUCUAUCUAUCUAUCUAUCUAUCUAUCUAUCUAUCUAUCUAUCCCAUUCUCUGUUCAUAUCUAUCUAUCUAUCUAUCAUUGUUCAUAUCUAUCUAUCCAUCUAUCUCAUUCUGUUCAUAUCUAUCUAUCCAUCUAUCUGUCUAUCUCAUUCUGUUCGUAUCUAUCUAUCUGUCUCAUUGUGUUCGUAUCUAUCUAUCUAUCUAUCUACCUAUCUAUUUGUGUGUCUGUUUAUCUAUGUAUCUCAUUGUUCAUAUCUAUCUAUCCAUCUAUCUCAUUCUGUUCAUUAUCUAUCUAUCCAUCUAUCUGUCUAUCUAUACAUUUCAUUCUGUUCAUAUCUAUCUCAUUUCGGUCAUAUCUAUCUAUCUAUCUAUCUAUCUAUCUAUCUAUCUAUCUAUCUGCUCUGUUUAUAUCUAUCUGGUACUUGUUCAUGAACCCCCCUCUCUUAUAUCUCCUCCUCAAAUGAUUUAUUUCUCUCUCUCUCACACACACACGCUCUCUCUCUCUCUCUCUUUUUCAAUAGUAUUUCCCCCACAUUUUAAAAGUAGUCUCUGUUCAUAUCUAUCUAUCUAUCUAUCUAUCUAUCUAUCUAUCUAUCUCAGUCUCUGUUCUAUAUCUAUCUAUCUAUCUAUCUAUCUAUCUAUCUAUCUAUAUAUAUAUAUAUAUAUAUAUAUAUAUAUAUAUAUAUAUCUCAGUCUCUGUUCAUAUCUAUCUAUCUAUCUAUCUAUCUAUCUAUCUAUCUAUCUAUCUAUCUCAGUCUCUGUACAUAUCUAUCUAUAUAUCUAUAUAUCUGCCUAUCUAUCCCAGUCUUUGUACAUAUCUAUCUAUAUAUCUACCUAUCUAUCUCACUCUGUUCAUAUCUAUCUCAGUCUCUGUUCAUAUCUAUCUAUCUAUCUAUCUAUCUAUCUAUCUAUCUAUCUAUCUAUCUAUCUCAGUCUCUUUUCAUAUCUAUCUCAGUCUGUUAAUAUCUAUGUAUCUAUCUUUGUCUUCAUUUAUCUUCUUUCUCUUCUAAUACUUCACUUUCCCUCACUUGUUCGUAAAAUUAUCCUCCUCUUCGAAUCUCUCCCCAUCAAAUUCUCUUUCACUCACUUAUUCGUAAAAUCCAUCUCUCUUAUCUAUCCUUAUCUAUCUCCUUCUCUCUCUCUCACUCUCUCUCUCUCUCUCUCUCUCUCUCAUACACACACCCUUCCACUUCUUUCUUCUGCCUUCAUCUACUUUCUUUCUUUUCUUAUUUUCAGUGACCAUUUCUCUUCACUUUCACUGACUCAAUAUCCUUCUCACCUCUACUCCAUCUCUCAUCCACCUUUUACUUCUUCUUCCCUUUCUUUCUUAACUCUCCUCCACUCUCUCUCUCUCUCUCUCUCUCUCUCUCUCUCUCUCUCUAAUGGCUGCUUAUUUCUCCUCCACCUCCCUCUACCUCUUGCCUUCUUUCUGUCUCCCUCUAGCUCUUUCAGCCACAUAUAUAUCCGUUGA